AAAACUGUAUUGAGGAAAACACACAGACCACUCCCGGCUUACAAACAUACCGGACGUCUGCGGGAUAAAUAAUAAUACAAAAUACUGUGUAGUGUGUUAAUUUGUGAAAAAAUGAUAUACAACAUAAACUUUAUUCUGCUAAUGUUCGCAUCUUUAAUGAGUUUUCGUUUGGUGCAAGGACAAUUGUCAUGUUUUACUCCUGGUGGUGAAAGAGGACAAUGCAUUUCUGUACUGAAUUGUCUAUCUUUAGUUACAAUAAUAAAUAAAAAGGACAGAACACAACAAGACAUAGAUUUUUUAAGAAAAUCAAAGUGUGGCUAUGUGGGAAAAACACCAAAGGUAUGCUGCCCAGGACCGCAAUGUAAGACUCCUGACGGUAAUCAUGGUACAUGCGUAGGUGUACAUUCUUGCCCACAUUUAGCAGCGAUGGUCAAACAAUCGAUAUCGAAAGAAGAUGUGCAAUAUUUGCAAAAUUCAAUAUGCGAUGGACCAGAACAAUACAGCGUGUGCUGCGGUCCUCUUAAAGAAGAAACUCAGGUUGGCAAUUGCAAGAACAGAAUGAACGCGCUCCCACCAGACCCAAGAACUGAAUGCUGUGGAUUGCGUAGUGGCAAUAAAAUUAUUCGUGGAACAGAAGCAGCAAUCGACGAGUACCCAUGGUUAGCACUAAUAGAAUACGAAAAAGACGGAGUCAUCAAAGCGUUGUGCAACGGAGCACUUAUAAGUGGCAAAUACGUAUUGACGCCUGGACAUUGCGUCGUUGGGCCCAUCUUAAAUGUAGGAACUCCGAAAAAUAUUCGUUUGGGAGAAUACGACACCGUUAACGAUGGUCGCGAUUGUAUUAAUAUAGAAGGAGGCGGUGUGGACUGUACUGAUCCUCCUGUCGUCAUUCCAAUUGAACUUACCAUCCUGCAUCCUCAAAUCGAACUCAAUAGCAGAAAAAACGACAUCGCAUUAAUUAGGAUGAGACAGAAUGCACCUUUUACAGAUUUUAUUCAGCCCAUUUGUCUUCCAACUGUGGACGUCACUGCAUCUCGUUCAGAUGAAGAUAGAUACUAGCCACUAAUUACAGCAGGGUGGAGAACUUUCAAUAACGGUGACCACAGUACCAAUAAUAUACAACACAUUUUUGUUCCAUUCGUCAACAAUACGGAGUGUGCACAAGCAUACAGCAGCCUAAAGCAGAAUAUCACUUUAUGGAACAAACAGUUAUGCUCCGGAGGUGAAAACAAUAUGAAAACUUGUAACGCCCCUAUUGAAGGCCCUCUAAUGUAUAAUGAUGGAAGAAAGUACGAAAUUGUCGGAGUGGAGAA